CCCUUCGGAUGCUGCUGCCAGCGUUGUGCAGCUGUUGACAAGAUGGCGUCCAGACCUGAACAAGACGGUGAUAGCGAAGCCGUGAGGCAGUGCGAGGAAUAUGUAGACAGUCACAACAUUCAGCCAAUAUUAAAAGAAUGUAUCUUUCAAUUGUGUAUGUCGAAACCGCCGAAUCCGUACAAAUUCCUUCGCGAAUAUUUCGAAAAGCUCGAGAAGGUACGUUGUUUAUCUUGCUUGCUCCAUCAUUCGCUUACACUUCAAGGCUUCUUGUUUGCGUUGGCGUGUAUCGAUCGCUUUACUCUUGUUUUUAAUGCAUCGUUAGGAGACGGAGAGGCACUCUGGGGAUGAUGAUGCGAGAGGAGAAGCCGGUGAAGCCGAGGAACGAUUCGGCGAAGAACAUACACGUCCAAAGCAACCUUUGCGUAUGAAGCGUCGUGGCGGUGUUAGCGCAAGCGUUAUUUCAGAGGCAGAAGCUACCUCCUAUGUUAAAAAGGUGAAAUAGUACAAAACGUACAAUAGUAUAUUCUCCACCGGUUACAAUUUUACGCAAUUUUACAGCUCAUUGAAAAUGCCGCAUGUAAUGUUUUCGUAAUGAUUCGAAUUGACGUUUUUAGGUCGUCCCGAAAGAUUACAAAACGAUGGCCGCCUUAUCGAAAGCAAUAGCGAAAAAUAUCCUUUUCUCCCAUCUCGACGAAACCGAACGGAGGUAGGCCUUUUACCAAGCUAAAAUAUUAAAGAGCAAUUCAAUGGGCAAUAUGUUUUGUUCUGAUAGAUUGUUGUACAUCAGUGGGGGGUUAUCAUGUUGCUGUAAACCAAAUGUUUGAUCGGAGACGAUUAAUACGGGGCGAACACAAAAUAACAGGCUGUUAUUGCCUAAUGAUCGCUGUGCUUCUUCUUCACCUCAAAUAUUAAUUUUUAAUAGCAGUAUUCUCAGGCUCAUUAGUUCUUGUCAUGAGAACACAUGUUGUUCAGUUCAGAAUAGUUUUUAUUCCUUAUAUAAUAAUAUGGCAGGAUGCUGGGGCCAAUUACCAGUUGGGAAUUUAGUUGUAGGUUUUUAAGAUGUAAGUGGGAUGUAAUAAUUUUUAUCUCGAUUUUUAAUACAUAGCAAAAAUUUCUCCCUGGGGCGAAAUGUUGUAAUAGCCGAGGUUGUGGUUUGAAAUUUUUCUCGUUUACAAAGUGACUAUAGUCGUGUUUACACUACCAGCCUUGGCCUGGCCUUGGCCUAUAUUUUAACAAUGUAAACAGACUUUGGCCUAGCCUUGGCCUGACCUAGGCCAGGAAAUCUGGGCCCACUACAACCGGUGGCCUCCAGAGGCUUGUGGAAAUGUAAACUCUUUCGGCCCUGACCUGGGCCUUAUUUUCAUGGCAAUGUAUGUCCACAGUGAGAGAUUAGCGGACAACGUCACAGCACAUAAAAAUACACUAAAUUAAUUACAAAAUUCUAGGCCAAAGUGAGCCAGUCUCAAAAAAAUAGUGUAAUGGUGUAAACACGUCACAUUUACCUUGGCCAAGGCAUGUAGUGUAAACACGACUUAUGUCACAGUUUAGAUGGUAAACUACCUAGUCAACUUAAAUAUGACACACGUUCGGCAACUGAUUUAGACAUUGAACUUUAUUGUACUGAGUCAAAAUACAAGUACACUAUCAGAAAUUUCGGUGUUAAAUUGCUAAUAUACCAUAAUCAUGAUAAUUAUGUAUGUUAAAAAAAUAUGCAUCAUGUUCAUUGCAUGGAAAGCAUGGCAAACCCCUGUCAAACCUGUGUCGCUUUGUAUAACAUGACUUGCCAUAUUUUGAGCCAUGUCAAACCUAAUCAAAACUUGCCGAACCAGCCUUUGAAAUUCAAAAUUUCAUUUUUUAUUUCACAUCGGCAAAACACUCGAAUUUACGGUGGCAAAAAAGUUCAUGUUAGUUUUAGUCAAACAUCUCUGAAAGUGACCUAAUAGUCGGUACAUCACCUUGAAGGCCUAAACCACUUCUUGGUAUCUUAUGCUGGAAAAACAACAUCAUCAGCAUGAUCACCUUAUUAUAUGAGCAAAUAUAAGUCACGGCUAAAAUAGGUGGCAAAUGAUUUGCAUAAACAGUCAGUCAGCUACAAUAAGUUCAGGGUUGAAAGCUAUAUGUCCAAGCCUUGGGAUGGAUCAUAUUUCCAGACAAGGUCCACACUCCCCCCACCCCCCCUCCCAUGGAGGAAGUUUCUACCGUUCAGUGUUGGAUGGGGAGAUUAUAUGGUUCUGGCAUUAGUAAACUGUGCUAGAAUAUCUGAAGGGGGGUAGGGGAUGGGGUUAACUGUGGGGGGGGGGGAUCCGGAUGUUUUCUGGAAUGACCCAAUUCAGGUUGGUGAUCGGCAAAUCCCAACCUGAUUGAAAGUAGAUUUGCUUGCGGAAGUAGCUUGCGGCUGAAAAUUAUUGUAUUAUGGAUAUCAUGGCAACAACAUGUAUAUUUCCAGUAUCUGAUUUUCACAAGAAAUAAGCCCUAGCCUCUUGUAAUUUGCCUAGGCACUCGGCAAUUGCCAAUUUUUGUAUGAGCAAAAUAGGCCAAUUGUGACGAAGGCUGAAGCCCCACCCCAAAUAAGUGAAGCCCCCAGUCCGCAUAUGACGAGAACAUGCAAAAUUGUCAAGAUUAAUGAACAGCUAGACUCUCCCCUUCAUGAGUUAAUACCACAAGUAAUAUAUAUGUGUGUGUAUAUUUAAUUAACUAUAUCUAAUUAUGGGGAGCACCUUGUAUGGGAGUUCUACUGUCCCUUUUGUGCUUUUCCAUUUGAGUGUAUAUCUACUAAUUUGUGAUUUGUGACAUGUGUUUUGUCUUUUGUUUGUCAGGUAUUUAUCUUUCUACCUGAUAUAGUACAUAUGUAGAUUGCUCAAUAAAUUCAUUAAAUAAGUAAAAUUGUCUGGCAUUGGACAGAGUAAAAUAAUAAAAUCAGGCACAUUUAGGUGCAUUGUAGCUUAAUGAGUUAACAAGACACAUUGAGAGAUAGUUUAGUUAGCCCAUUAAUGCACAAGGCAGGAUUCCCCCUUGACGAUCGAGUAAAAUCAUCUGGCAUUGGGCAGAGUAAAAUAACAAUGUGAGGCUCAAUUGUCUGGGUGCAUUGCACAGCUUAGUGGUUGAAAUUAAUUAUUAAACUAGUAUUGUAAACAUAUGUCUCAAAUGACAGUUUGUCUAAAAUGAUAACUUACUAGUAUGUCUUUUUCAUUUACAGUGACAUUUUCGAUGCCAUGUUCUUGGUGAAACACAAUGUUGCUGAAAUAGUCAUACAACAGGGUAACAUAUGAUUGCAUAGUAUUGUAUAUGUAUAUGUAUUUAGUUAAAUUCUAACCUUAAGUAUUGUACUGUAGUAGUACACAAAGACAAUCAUUAUGGUGAAUUGCCAUGCACAGUGUUCCCAAUAUAAGCCAGCACCCGAUGAUUUUUGCCAUCUAUAACCUAGACAAUCGCCGGUCAUUUAUCAAAAUUAUAAACCAAAAUCUUUCCUCCUUACCACAGAAAUAUCAAGGGAAAUGUUUUUGCUUUUAUAACAUAAAUUUUAACGAUAUUAUUUGUUAAAUAUUUGGAUAUAUGAAACAGUCUCCAAAACUGCUCUUGAAAAUAUCUGGGAGUGAGAUUUUAGAGUAUCUAAAUUUCAAAAUCUUCCUGUGGAGACGCCCUUGGGGCCCUCCACAGGGGAAUGGUACCUUCGGUACCACAUAGCCAAGGUCUACUUCUUUCAAAAUGCCUUGUACUGUAUAUUCUAUUGAUAACCCUGUAUGCAUGCAGUUUUUUUGUGAAUAUGAAUGUUUUGAAUUUUAGGAGAGGAAGGUGAUAAUUUCUACAUCAUUGACAGUGGCGAAGUUGAGGUAAAGUGCACCAACAUGACACUGAUUGCCCUGACAGCAUAUACACUGUAACUGACAAAAUAAACUCUGGCCCAAAAAUUAGUUGACAUGAUACUUUAUAUGCAUAAAUUAUAUACUACAAACUCAAACACAUUUCUUUUUCAAAUUUACCAUCAUGGUUAUAACUUGAACUGUAUUUUUGAGACGUGGAACGACAAACCUCAAAAUGUUGGUACGGUAAAUAAUAUAUACAAACAUAAACAAAUUGCACUGAUCAUUACUGAUCUAGAUGAUAGGUAUUGCUUUACUUAGGUUGUGAUAGCCUGCAUAGUGGCUCAGAGAAAGGAGAGCCUGCACGAAACCCCCUGCUUUGCCAUUUCUGCCCACUUAGCCUGCGGGCUACGCCCACUUUAAACAGAUGUCAAAAUUGGCCAAUCACACAGAUUGUUUACGUUUGCAAAUUUACUUAUCAAAAUGAAAUAUAAAUAUAGAUUGCUGUAUGUUCGCAAAUUUCAAAACGAAAUACUGUAAUAUACGGAUGGCGGCUAAAGAAAAUUGAAGUCUGUGGGAAUAGCGCUAGGCCUAGGGCAAUCUCCAUUGUUGUCACAAGUAGUUUGCAGUCCGUAUCUACGAUAUUUUGUAGCUUUCUUGCACACGUACAAAUAGAAUUUAUAGUUUCGACAGCGGUCAACCGUGAUGUAUUAAAUGUUAAAGUUUCGAGCGAUGCUGAUAAGAGAAUAUUAAAGGUGUUUAAAUCCAUCACUUCACAGAGAGCAAGUCCUGUUCAUAAGACAUAAGCAUUUAUAGCAAUUCUCUCCUGGCACAAAAUUAUUAGCUACAAAAUCAUGAAGAAAAAAUCUAUUUGUCGUCGAUGAAUUUAUGAAAACGAACACGCUCGUGAGUUGUGAAAGAGGCGCUGCUAACAGACAGCAAUCCAACCAAGACACCACAGUCAAUAUCUCUAGAGCUUCGUGAACCAAGUUCGUAAAUACCUUUAUUGUUCAACCGUAAAUUGUAGCCUUUAAGCUCUUUUGAAUGCAAAACUCAAAGAAACGCCUCUCAAUAAUAAUACAUCCGCCGUGUUUGUAUGAAUUUUAGCAUAAAUUAGCAUAUUUUUUCAUUUUGAACCAAUCAGAUUUUUCGUCCUCUGAGAGAACGAGUAAAUACGGUUUAGCAUGGGGUUUCGUGCAGGUUGUCCCUUCUCUGACAGCCGCUACGCAGGCUAAGGUUGUGACAAAUAAUAAAACGACUUAUUUACAUAACAAGACGCCUGCUCAGGCGUUCACACUUCCCUCAAAUUAACGACACUGGACAGUGUUGUGUGAUGCCCGACAUAUGAGAGGUGUCACAUUGGGAAUAUUGCCCGUUCUUGAGCAGUCCAGGGGAAAAUUUAGCUAUUGUUAUACCCAUACAAUUUAGAAUGGAACCUGAGAUACAUAUGUCACAGCUAAGUAAUCGAUGCAAUAUAUAAAGUCGAAAAGCAAAGACGAUGACGAUAUACUGUACUCGAUGCCGAUAUAUAAAAUCAGUCAAUACUCAAUAGAUGCAAUAUUCAAUAACAAUGUCAUGUGUUUUACUAAUAUAGUCUAUAGACUGUAAAACGUACCUUGGAUAUUUUUAUAAUGAACAGUCAAGUUAGACCACUGCGUAUAUUUAUUAUUGCAACACUUUUAAUCUGGGAGGAAACACAAUGGUAAUACAGUAUAAACAAUAAACAUUGUCGCCAAUUUUAUAGUCUGUACUGUAAAACUAAAGAUUUCAUCAAAACGUCUGUAGACAAGCUAGGGUGGCGGCCCAUUUUUAUGUGGGCCAGUGAUCUAGGUAAGCUGUAAAAACCAUGAACAGUUUUCUCGACCGAAAAACAGAACAACGGUGAUUUAAUACACUUUCGGGAAUUGUAAUAAAUAAAAUCCAACAUAAUUGAUUCAUUUCUGUUAACCCAAUCCCCUGAUACAGUAACUCGAACAAUUUUUUUCUUUCCUUGGCAGCUCAAGUUAGCAGGGUUCUACUAUAUGUACAUAACAUUUGAGUGAGAGGUUGAAACCCCAUGAUGGAUGCUUUCAACUAAACCUAGUAAGUGUCAUAGUUGAUGUGUCAGUAAUGUACUGUUCCUUUAAUUCUUUAAGGUCUAUGUGAAUGAACAUUUAGUGUCAGUUAUUGGGGAAGGAGGGGCAUUUGGAGAAUUAGCUUUGAUCUAUGGUACCCCUAGAGCAGCUACUAUAAAGGUAUGUAUAUAGUCAGUCUUAAAUGGUUCUGGCAGUAAUUGCAAUUAGAACUGUAAUUACAGCAGGUUGCAUAUGAGUGUCUGUGAACUUCCUGAAAAAGAUCGAAAUUCAGAAACACUUAACAUAUAUGAGCUUUCAUUCAAAGGCCAUUGUCCAGAUAAUUACAUUGUAAAAGCUUUUUUAUUAACUUCCUAUAACAAAGGGUUUGAACUUUAAAUGUUUACAUAGAUCAUUCGAAAAGAAAUGUCGAAUGUUGGAUGGUAAAAUGUAGGUAGCAAGGAAUACAAACUGCAAACUUGUAUAUAUAUAUUCCUUACAAAAAAUUGCUUUGGGAAUUCCUAUAGGAAUCCGAAUUUCAGAUUCUUUUAGAAAUUUCAAUAGGAAUAUAAUUUGCCAUAAAAGAGUUCUUAUACUGUAGGAAUUCCUAUAAGAAUACAGUAGUCUGGAAUUCUCAUAAGAUUUCCUGUCCAUAUAGAUGACACAACUACUAAAAAAUGCAACAGCUACUGCAUGGGCUUGAAAUAUUGCAUGUAAGGUUCCCAAAUUGGCAGUUAUGACUUUUUUAACUGUCUAUGCCAGUGUAGGUAGUUCCAAUAAUAAUAUACUAAAACUGUCUGUACCAGUGUUGGUAGUACCAAUGUGAAAAUGCUGUGCUGAGUGGUUAUAUUACUACCUUAAAAAAUAAGCAGAAACUCGACGUUACGAGCGAAGGCCCUUCGUCAAGAGUUAGUAGCCGAGGGGCUUCGCUCGAAACGUCGAGUUUCUGCUUAUUUUUUAAGGUAGUAAAUAUAACCACUCAGCACACCAAUAAUAAUAGUAGCCCCAGACCCCUGCUGCAGCUUGCUUGGUGGCGCUACGCGUCUCCUCGCUCACUCGCCAUACUUGGAGAAAGUCCGUACCAGAAAUCAGAUUAUAGUGACCGCAAUUUUGCCAUAUUUUGGCAUAAGCAUAAUUCUAAUUUAAUUUAAACAUCCAAUCGACGUUUAAUUGUAAUUGUUACCAAGAACCUGAUUGGCUGUUCAAAAUUAGAAUUCUAAACAUGCAAAAUAUGUAGGUGCAGUCGUAGACGUUUGUGGGAGUGGCAGUGAUACGAAUCUUUGAUGCGAUUCCACAGUUCGGUGACAUUCGUGAUAGAUAAGGGUGUCUCUGAGAAACUUCUGAUAUACCCUGGGCAUAUAUGUAUUAACUACUGUACAAGGGAUUUAUUAGAUCAUGUAAAAUGUACGCAGUUGAAUUUUGAAUGUGUAUAGUUUCUUUAUUACUAUCUCUCUAUAAUUUUCAGGCAAAAACAGACUUAAAGUUAUGGGCGAUUGAUCGCGUUAGCUACCGCAGAAUCAUUAUGCUUAGUCAGAUACGCACGAGAGAGUUAUAUGAACGUUUCUUGGAGAAAGUAUCUAUUCUUGAAUCCCUGGAUAAGUGGGAGAGACUUACUGUUGCUGAUGCUCUCGAGCCUGUCUCGUUCGAAGAUGGAGAGUAUGUUGUUAUACAGGGUGAACAGGGCGAAGACUUUUACAUUAUUGUCGAGGUAA